AUGUCGCAACCUCUGGUGCUAGGUUAUUGGAAAAUCCGUGGGGUAAUAUUUAAAAUCUUAUGUUCUCGAUUUACAUUCUCGCGAUAGCAAUGUUAUUCUAUCAAAGUUGGUUUUGUCCCUUAUACCUAGAAAUAUAUUUCUAGGUAUAUAUAUUUCAAAAUAUAUAUAUUUUGAAGAGUUAUAUAAAAGCAAGGGUCUUUUGACAGGAUACCUACUCGUUCUCAGUUAAUUGAUAUAGUUAACUCGACGGGAUGUUGACUUUCGUCACGACAAAUACAAGUCUAGAUACUAUAAGUUGGUCGAAUAAGGACGUUAAUGCAUGCGGGCAUGUAUUAAUUCAAACCAUUGCCAACGCACUAAUUUGUGUUUUCUUUCUCGGGUUCGUCCUUCAUGUCUACUUAGGAUCACUAUUUUAGCCAACGUUAUGAACGUAUAAUCGUUACCAUUGUUGGCGAACACCAUCUUAUUUGACCCCUGAAGGAAACGUAGUUUCAAUUAGGAAAACCAUAUGUAUACAUACAUAUAGUUUUUUCUAAUUAAAACCACUGUAUUUUUCUUAUUCUAAAAAAAGAAUGAAAAUUUUUAAAGUCACCAACGGUAUCUUCGGGCUUUUUCUACGUGGAGGUCUGCAGUAAGCCGGCGUUUUUAACAGGCCUCCUGUGUUUAUAGAACAACAGGCAGGACCUUUAGCAUCGGCCUCGACCGCAACGCGAGGCACAGAAACGCGGGCUUACUGUAGGUUAACUCACUGGAAUCAAACGAAAGUGAAUUUACCUUCGAAGGCUGGGGUCCUUGACAGUCGAUGCGCGUGGUUUUCGUAGGCAUGGAGGGACCUAUUCAACCUUUGCUUGAAGAUGACUUCCAACAGGUUGAGAUCUCUCGGCAGCUGCCUACGCCACAUGGCGCGCACAUAGUAAUAUUAUAAGCACGGCUUGACAAUCGAAAACGGGGUUCGCGCAUGCCCUUCUUCGCUUUCUGCCACUUCAUAUUAAUAUGAUUUGUAAUGUCAUCAUCAAAGAAGACAAUAAAUACGCCCCGGACAAAGCCGCCAACAUUAAGAUCAUCAAGUCAGAAUGGCAAGAAUAUCCAAUGAUAACAGUAAAGUGGGUAUUGUGAUUCAACAUUUUCUCCCAGCCCUCCGCGUUAAUAAGCACAAAAUUUAUCAACUAUUCGUCCUUUCGUGCUCAGAAGUGUGCACAGGGGUUCCACACUAGACUACACAGUCUUCAGUAUGCAUAUGUGCGAGAGGUCGCGACGAUAGCCUUUGGGAGGCAUGCCUAGUCUUCAGAAAUAACUUCCUAUAGACACUGCAAUAUUAGACACUGCAUGCUCACGAUCCUUUUAUGUGACCGGUGUAGGGAUGAUAGGAAACCUAAAGGAUCGAUUAGUAAACGACGAAACUACUUAAUAACUGGCAUUCUUUAAGAAAUCUAGAGUCCAUAAUUUGUUUUGGCGUUCAGCCUAUGCGCGGUCUUCGUAAGCCUACACGUUCAUCAUUAGAAUUUAAUUGUUUACGCGAUUACUGCUAUGGGAGAUGUCAUUUGAUUUCCUUAAAAUGUUAGGGCCUUUUUUCUCGUGGUCAUAUGCUGCACGAGCAGAUUCUUUGUAUUAAAAUUUAUAAUAAAGAUUAUGCAAUUUUUGGUAUUUUAGGACAUAAAUUUAAUUUAAAACAGUUUUACUUUAGAGCAUUGUGUCAAGGACAUGCUUUUUUGACAGCGAGUUUUUUAUAGUAUAUUUGAUAACUGGUUGUGUACAAUGGGGUCCAGCUAUUGUAAUGGCAAUUUGCCCACGACCAAAUUAUCGAACAUCCAUGAAUUACGAGCCCUAUUGUAGAAGUAAAAUUAUAGUUUCUUUUAUUUAUGUAGGAGGCAACCGGCUAAUUGAAAACAUUGGAUUCCUUGAUAUACACUCAAAAACUAUAUUUUCUCAUUUUGUCACUGCUUAAUGUCAGUCAUCGUGUUAUGUUCUGAAAUAUUAGGGACAUCGUUGUUUGCAUUUUCAAUACCUGCUUCUCUUACAUUCAGGCCUUGCCGUUGUAAAUUAUCUUCCGAUUAUACAUUUUCUGUGUAUCAUUACCACAUUUCAUGUCAUAAAUGAACUACAGUCCCAGGUGCAUCAGAAAAUACAGGCAAAAGUUAAGUUUGACAGAUCUCCAGCGCUGCAGAAAGUACUGAAACAGCUGAAUAUUCGCAGGUGCGUUAAAACAUGCUAAAACACAGGGAAAAUAAAACCGUCGGUUCUUAUAUCCGAAUAUUUCAGGCUCGUGCUCUUGUGGGUAACGUUCGAUAUUAUGAGGCAUUCUUUAUCAGCAUCUUCCUGUGACUGCUGAAUUUUGGAUGCCUUGCGGACUGCAAGAGCAUAAUGGUGCGAACCUUUGUCUCUUUAGAGCACGAAGCAACAGUACUGUAGGCCGAACGGACAGUGGUAACCUGCAAAUCCUAUAUAAAUAAUAGAGAUAUGUUUUUUGUUAGUUUGUACAGAUAGCUGAAUAAGUUCCUUUGUUUGACUUUUCAGUUGGCCCAAGCCAUCCGUCUUCUACUUCACUACUGCGGUGAAGAGUACGUUGAAGAUUCAUAUGAAUUCGGUGGACGUAAUUUGUUUUGUUAUCGUACUCGAUUCUUUCAGCUCCGGACUUUUCUGGGGAAGCAUGGUUUAAAUGCAAAUUUAACAAAGGCCUUGACUUCCCAAAUGUACGCUGAAUCUAUAUACACAUAUUCUUUUAGCUACCAUAUUUGAUUGAUGAUGGAUUUAUGAUCACACAGUCUAAUGCGAUCUUGGAAUAUGUGGCUGACAAAAAUGGAAUGCGUACGUUUAUGAUCCCAAUUUAUAUAUCGAACCCCAAAUUUAAGCCUCAUAUCAAGCAAAGGCUUCAUUUCAGAUUCUAACAGGGGCUGUUCAGAUUUAGCGUUAUUUUACGAAUCGAAGGUUUGCGGUGUUUUUACCAGAAUAGCGUAAGACAGCCAAAUUUGAUAUAUAAAAAUGGCUGUUUGUAUCUCCCUAAUCUUGGUUACUUUGAAGGCCGCACGAAUCUAUUAAUCACUAAAAUCCCUCAUCUGUCCAGCAGUCGUUGACUGCGUUGUUUAGUCGUCUAGCUCACGUCUGCCUUAUACCACUUUGACCACUCACAUUAUAUUCUAGACAGGGUACAGCAGAUUAAUGAUUUACGUCUAGGUUUUGUGGCGUAAUUAACUUUACAUUUUUUCAAAGAGGUCCAAACACUUUUGUAACAAAAGGAGAAUUUUUAGCUAUGCUUCCGUUUUGAACACUUUAUGGGUUAAUUUUAACUUUAGUUCCAAAUUCUGCCAAGGAACGCGCCGUUCUGCAUAUGUUACAGGCAGAACUGACCGACUUUAGAGCCAACCUUCGUCUUCUUAUUUUCAAUCCAGACUUUGUAAGUCUGUCGAACUUGCAGAGCUGUGUCUUGCAGAGAGAGAUUAUUAAGGGUUGCUUUUUGCCUUGCUGUUUCUUCCUCCUCUUGAUGAUCUUUUUUGAUUCCGGCAGCACAACCUCAAACAAGAAUAUCUGGACGGUUUGCCUGCAAAGCUGCAAGCGUGGUCGGACUAUUUGGGCGAUAAACUCUGGCUUACCGGAGAAAUGGUAGCUACGGCAUUUUGUUAAAAUUUUCAUUUCUCGGCGUUUCUUUUAAGAGUCUUCUCAAGGCGCAUGGUGCACUUAAAGGUUUCAUUUGACUUUUCGUGGAGUGACACUCGUUUGACAAGGUUCCUUCCUAUCUUACAAAAUUGGACCAAAUCGAGCACAUCAUCAGCGAGGUUGCAGCGAAGAAGAUAUCGAAAUGACCGGUGUAUGAAGGCAUGGAGUUUGCUUCCCAUAGUUAAACCUACAGACACGAGAAAACUGAUAGGUUAUAGUAUCUGACCCGUCUUAUGAAGUGUUAACCGAGAUUUCUGAAGCGUGAAGGGAAAUAAUGGCCACCUGAGGAUGUUGGCUUAUAAAUCAGCCCCGUUUUGUCUUCCUACAGAAUCCCCUGUCCGUAAAAAUGGCCACAUAUGUAGUAUGAACCCUUUCCAUUGAUUUUUGAUGUCCUUGUAAAUCCUAAUAAAUUUUGAAGAAAAUACGCUCAAAAUAUCCUUUUUUGUGCUAUCUUGAUAACAGAGUAGGUCUUCAUAUCUUGUAUCCAAGGGUUAUUUUUUAUUUCAGAAAUGUUCGAUUUUUGGGGAUUUUAAGACGGUGAAAUGUCUAUUCACACGUUCAUAAUUUAUGCGACAUGCUCCGCAUUUAUUGUUAGCUCUUAUUUUUGCCGUAUGGUCUUUUUUCAGUGGAAUAUAGAAAUGCAUGAUUUUCCUUAUACCGGAAGUAUGUGGUAUGCAGUUUGAAGGCCCGGUUCAAAAUUAGCUGGGAAUCGAAAAGAGGUUUCUAAAACCCCCAGGAUACACAUCCUUUGAAUAUAAGCUUUGAAGAAGACGUGAGGUCGUAUCAAAUGAAUACGCUAAAAUAUAUCACUGUGCAUGUUUUUUUAUAAAACAGACUUGAAUUCAAAUGACCAUCGAAAAUCAAUGAAUAUUACCCAUACUUAUUAUGUAACCCUUUGUUGCCGAAUUUGAUUUCCAAGAGGCCAAAAUAAAGCUCGUUCAAAUAGUCGCAUCCUGCGUGCCUGGAAAAUGUAGGGUUUAUGUUGUACGAUAUUAAAAUUUGCAACCCCACCCAAGUACUUCAUUAUUGCAGAAUUUGGGUUGACAUUUCAUAAGUCUGAUCAGAUACUAUAUGUGUGCAGGAGAGCCGAGUUUUGGUUUGCUGUUUGUCAUUCUAACUGUACAUGGGUUGGUCUGCGAAAGAACUGACUUGUGCAAUGCUUGUAAUUCUUUCCCCACCAUAUUCUCUAUGCAGUCAUAUCCAACAGCUUCUAACGACCUCUUAUCAAGUAUGAUUUAACCCACUAAGCUCAACCUGGCCAGUUUCAGUUGCUGUUAACUGAUCCUGACUGCAUUUUGCGGAAUCUCAUGACGAGAAGAGUUGGUAGAGCAAAUAUGCAUCCCUCCUCUUCUAUAAGUUAUCUUUUGCUUAUUUAGUUGCGUCAAUAACAUGCACUAAUUUACGCUGUCGUAGACUCCUAACAGAAUUUGUUCUUGUGGAGUUUUAUUUCGGGCCUGAUUCUCGUGAUAUAUCCUGAAUUUUUUUGUGUUUCCUAACGUGCAGAUAAAUUACCCGGAUUUCAAAUUUUACGACCUCUUGGAUUCACUGAGAGCACUGGAGUCUAGUUGUCUCGAUAAAUUUCCCAAUCUAAAGAACUAUAUGGACCGAUUUGAGGCAAGUCUCGUCUUUUGCUUUGAGCUGCAGACUUGA